AUGUUUCCAGAAUCUGAUCAGGCUGGGAUUAGGGUGGUGGUUAGAAAUCAGGCAGGUCAGGGCAUGGCAGCGUUAUCAAAAAGAAUACAAAAACCCAAUUCAGCUGAAAUAUUUGAGGCGUUGGCAACGCGGAGGGCAGUCCAAUUCACCUUGGAGUUAGGAUUUAAGCAGUCAGUGUUCGAAGGUGAUUCGGAAGUUAUCAUUAAGGCUCUUGAUAAUGAAGUUUUUUCGUCGCCUAGUGUUGGUCAUAUUGUAAAAGACAUUUGGUCUAUGUCAGGUUUAUUACAAAUCAAGUCCUUCUCUUAUGUAAGGAGGCAAGGCAAUUCUGUGGUUCAUGCCUUAACCCAAAGAGCAAGGUUUUCUUUUCCUGUAUUAGUUUGGAUGGAGAAUGUUCCACUAGAUAUUUUGCGUUUUGUUUCUUCUGAUUUCCCAAGCUUUUAA